GAGGCGGCGACCGUAGUUUCAGUCGUUUGCUGCACAAUGGCGCGAUCGGUCUGUACUCGUUCGUUCUGCUGCCGCCGUCGUUUCUGAGCGGAGGGCCGGCCCAAAACGUUGGACCGUCCGUUGCGCGGGAUAUAGAUCUCACCGCACGAUCUCCCUCGUUCGUAAUCGCUCAGUUAUCUACGUUUCUUCGUUUCUCUCGAAUUGUUCACUUUCUGUGAAAUCUGCGUGACGAAAGAGGAACAACAACAACAACUACAACUACAACACUACAAUAACAAGAAGAACAACGACGGCUGAUCGAAAGACGAAUCGCGAGAACCGUGAACAAAAAGACCACCAUUACCGACCACCAUCCGAGGUAAACUCGACUCGGAAGAGAGACCAGGUUUUAUCCAACGCGCGCGCUAUUUGAAAAGUCAAUACGCCCGGUAAAGUUAUCUGGGGGUUCGCUUUUCGAGUAGACGGCGGUUUAUCAACAACGUCUUUGGGGGAAACACGGAUUAUACAUCUGACCGUUUCUCCGUCCCAGCCUCCCGUUCAGGAACGUACGGCGACAACAGGAAGAACAUACAAAGAGCUUUUCUUUUAAAGUGACCGAUUGUCACCCACGAAGAUCUCCGUCCAAGGACCCAACGGUAGCACGAAGCAACGCUGCGUGGGCCCAAGCACAAGUGAUAUUCUUAACUAAUAAUUAAUUAGCUAUUGCAUUCGUUUAUACCUGUCAACCUCAAAAAAAAAAAAAAAAAAUGUUCAAAUUGGCCCGUUAUAUAAUCGAUAGUCGAUCGUUAUAAUCGAUCAUCAUCGUAGCUACCGCCGUCGAUAAUCUUAUGACUUGAAGUGUGUUCAAAAGGCUUUUUUUUCUGUUUCUUAACGACCCAUUGACAAUAAUUACGAAUAAUUAUAAGAACCGAAUCGAACUCUCAAAGACGAAUUGGUGUGUUUCGUUCUGUUGGACCGAACGAUUUUGAAAGAGAGAGAGAAGGGAUAAGGGAGGCGGAUAAGUGUCAGCCAGUGUAAAAAAAACAGUACGUGUGCGUGUGAAAACGGCGCAAUAUGAGAAUGACAGCCGCUGUCAGACAGCAUUCUCUUCAUCUACAAGUGGCUCGCACCAACAAUGGAAAAUUCCUGGUUUGUCCGAACAGUAAUCAGGACAUUAAUCAACAACCAACGAACGACGAGGCGAAUUCGGUGCCAGCGGUUGUCUUCCCUAGUUACGAACCGUUGCCUGCCGAUCAUCAUGGACCUACCAUACUCGGCGAUCGGUAUGUGCUUCUUGGACCAGCCGAGGGGAGCGCUCUCUAUCGAUGCGUCGACGUACACAAUGGCCAACAGCUCGUUGCAAAGGCGUUGACCGUGGGCGACAAAGGUUGCGAGGCACUGCUACAGGCUCACCUACGAUUGGAAGGCACCGGGGCAGCGAGCGGUGUCGCAGGCGUGGUAGAAGCAUCUGGAGGUCGGCGCUAUCUCCUGCUGGAGGGCCACCACGGUGACCUGCACGCGUACGUGAGGGCGCGUAGGAGACUGCGGGAACCGGAGGCGAGGCGACUCUUCCGGCAAGCGGCCAGGGCUGUAGCCACCUGCCACGAGUACGGGGUCGUGCUACGAGAUUUGAAACUCAGGAAAUUCGUUUUCGCCGAUGAAACAAGAACACGACUUCGCUUGGAAAGCCUAGAAGAUGCUGUGAUCGUGGAAGGUGACGACGACAAACUAACCGAUCGACGAGGCUGUCCGGCAUACGUAGCACCGGAAGUUCUACGCUCGGGACGAGCAUAUUCCGGCAAAGCAGCCGACAUUUGGUCGCUUGGCGUUCUUCUGUACACGAUGCUGGUCGGCCGUUACCCGUUCAACGACGCUGAGCACACGUCUCUGUUUGCGAAAAUCUCACGUGGUCAAUUCGCAGUGCCGGAAGGCCUGAGCCCACGUGCCCGAUGUUUGAUCCGCUCGCUGCUGAGAAAGGAACCGUCCGAAAGGCCGUACGCGGAGGACGUGCCGAGGCAUCCAUGGCUCGCGAAACCGUUGCGAGUCUGCACCACGUCCAGCAGAUCCUCCUGCCAGGAUCAGAUCGUACCAGAGCUACCUAACAAUCCUCAAGACUGACUCUUCCGAGAGAGAAAAAUAUAUUCCGCGUGCGCUGGACCUAGCUUUUCUUGUUAAUCCUCUAUUUGGACGGAAAUUUCACGCGGAUAGGGAAUUUUCAUUCUCGAGUUAACGUGGCUUUUGUUUUUUUUUUUUUUUUUUCUUUUCACCCUUUUCUCCUCUGGUUCUUACGUCUCUUGGCUUUUUAUUUUCCAUUAACGAUGUAAAGUUGGAUACAGACGCCUGGUUAUAUACUACUGCGAAUAUAUACUACUGUUUUCCAAUGUUGACAUACAUAUAUUCUUGAUAAUGGGGGACUAAAACAACGAUAUUUAAGAAAUAUCUUCCGCAGGGAUUACAUUUUGCUGUAUUUUUACAAUUGAAAAAAAUUUGAAUCUAUGCUAAUGUAUAACCGAGCACAUGUAACUGACUCGUGUUGUUUUUGCAUACAAUGUUAACGCAAAUAUUGAUAGAAAUGCCAUGCGUCGUUUUUCUUUUUACCACAUAUCGUGGAUACGUAAUUAUCGCUGGAAGAAAUAUAGUGCUGAAAUGUUGAAAUUGUUCAAAAGCUACAAUAAACAUGUCUUGAUUAGAUGAGAAUUGUUAGGAAAAAAUAUUAUUAUUUCUAUCUAUAAUACAAUUAAGAAUCGGUCAUUAACACACUAUAAGGUUUCUUUCUUUCCAUAUGCUAUCGUAUAUCAUAGCUUUCGUGAAAAAAAAAAAACAAAAAAACAAAAAUAGAACAGAGAAAGAGAAAAAAAGUCAAACUAUCCUUGUGUAGUUGGUGGUAGUUUAAGAGCGAAUUAAUUCACAAAGUUCGAAAGCUAAAAAUAAAAUCUAACUGACUUUAAACACUUGGUACAACGAAUUAAAAAGGAUAUUUAAAAUUCAAUUUAAAAAUAAUU